UACGUAGUAUACAAACUCGAACAAUUUUAGCUCAAGCGUGGUAGCCCACCGUACUCCGUGCUAUAUUGAAUGGCUUCCUACUCAAAGUCCUUGCCAGCGUUCGCAGGUUCCGGGGCUAUUCUUACUAUUUCUUCUUCUUCUUUCUUUUCAUAUUUCAUUAGUUAAAGACCACGAGGAAUCAACUGUAGCAUCCGUGAACUUUUGUAUGCGCCACCUGGCACCUACAUAUAACUCGAUGCGACGAACACCACGCGAGCUUCCUGCUACUCAAUCCUGACUCGUAUUGAUGGCAUAUUUAAUUUUUAGAACUCUGGAACAACUGUUACCAAUCACGCUGGUCAAGAGCAAGAUUAGGCAUAUGCUUAAACAAUGAGCAGCAGCAUCAGAGGUCCAUGAGAAUAUCGCAUUCGAUACUAACUACUCACGGAAGUAUCGCGCACUUAGAUACACCUGAGCAUUGUUAUAAGUCCGAAAGCAACACGUCGCUCUGGAGUGCAUGACGACCUCCCCUCCCACCCCCCAAAAUUAUUUAGGAUCUCAAUCUGUAUAGCCAAUUUAUCCGGCCUGGCGAUACUCUUAUUGAUGAACGGUGGAUGACCAUCCGAUAGCAACGUGCUAUCGCGUUUUGCCAAAUGAAGCUGAGCAGACUACUACUAGAAACUGGGACGAUGGCCUUUAAGAUUGCAGACAGGUUCGCUGUCAAGUACGAUUUGGCGCAUGCCGAUUGUGGACGACAUCUCUCGGAGACCAGGUGUCGACUCCGGACAACGUGUACAUAAGCAAUGCGUUCACCAUAUGUUCAAUCGACUUCGCGUGACGCAGGAUUUAUAGUACAACAUGUUGAAGCACUAUCCGGAGUAUUUACCUAAUUCUUCAAUUGCAGUCGAAUCGCGUCAUUUUCGACCUUGCCAUCACCCUGCUCUCAAUGUCACUCAUAGACUGUGUGAUAUAUCUGGUCCUUUCGGGGAUAAUAGCAUCAAACUCGGCUUUUGGUAACCAGCUGCCCGCUUAUACCAUGGAGAUUCAAGAAGCCGCCCGCGCGUGCACAACAACGCUCACCAUCAACCCAUCUCAAGUAGCUGGAGUCGUCUCAACGCUUUACCGGGCGACAUCUACUGAGGUUUCCCAAGUGAGUUGUGAUGGAUGUGCUCUAGCUGUGCGAACACAAGCUCAGGGCUUCGGACCGCCACCACAAUAUACAGCUACACUUACAGCGCCUGUUACGACUAUUAUAGCCUACGCCUGCAGUUGAGGUUAAAGUACUCUAUUGUUCUACUUGGGGAAACGAAUUGUCCAUUUGUGGGCUCGUGUCACUUGCGGCUUGAUGGUUAUAGAAAUACUGGGGACUGCGCAACUCUGCUCCUGCAUAAAGGAAAAAAGAAAUUGGUAAAAUGUGGCGGCUGGUCCUGAGAAACGCCACGAUCUGGUCUAUAUGGUAUAUUUGUGACGAAUUUGUUUUAAAGUUUGUUAAGCUGGGUCUUAUGGCUUUGGAAGAGCUGAUUGUAUGUUCGCGUGCAAGUCGGUGGAUUUCGGUUAGGUGAUUUUUGAGAGUGAAAUAACGACAAGAGCAGAAUUCUCACACGACUGUGAGGCGAGAGGCAUGGAAUUGAAUGACUUCCAGAAACAUGAUAAUUUGGAAGUUCCGCAAGUUCUCAAACUCACAGUUCAGAUGAGCUGUUGCUUGAUGGUCGAAACUCACAGCUACCUUAGCUCUAGCAGCACUCAAUCGUAAGUAGUGGG